AUGUCCCCAGGGGCUCCCUUUCGCGACUCCAAGCCAGAUCUCGACUCGGUCGGCUACAACUACGCAGAUGACCCAACAUGGCAGAGGAAACCCUUGACGCCUGCUCAGAUCCUCGUCCACGAUGUGAAGCUGGAGAGACUGCGGGCGGACCGCGGUCCCAUGCUCGAGUGCAAUGAACGCUUUGCCCAUACUUUGGUUCCCAAAACUGCAGCUUGCACACCGCCUGCAAGCCUGCUCAGAAUUGGCAAUGUGACCAGUAAUCCCAUCGAGAAGCAGAAGUUCACGGAUCUGGAGGAAGACUUCGGCUGGAUAAGAUACCUGCGGUCCCCCCAAUUCCAGGCUAACGACGAGGACGCUGUCAAAUGUCGAUGGAUCCAUUGUAGCAGCAAGUUCCCUGAGUACCUCAAGGGAUUUCUGUGGGCUUUGUCUGACGAUGUUGCCACUGUGGCCGAUGCCAUGCGUAUGCUUGACAGCGCCAUGGAGCGACAAACUCGAUUCUCGAAGCACGGAAAGUACUUUCAGCCGUUUUCCCAAGUUCUCAGAUCUGCUCCAGUUACUGCAAACGACAGUAUAUAUCCAAUGCUCAUUUCUCUGCCGUUCCUGGACUGGGGGCUGAGAGGUUCCAAUCCUCCCCUGCGUUUCCAGGUUGACAAGCGCGAGGGCUUCCUUUCCUCGAGGUCAUCCGCGCAUGUCAUGCGUUCCAUACUGCAAUACUAUUAUCGACUGGAGGAUACACAGGAUCGGGAAGAUUCGCAGGUGUUUUCCCGACACACUCCCUGGCGCACGAAUCGCGAAUUAGAUCUCAAAGUCCGUCAGUGGUACGGGCAGUAUCCCACGACACUCAAUGUGGACGAAAUAUGGAUUCUAGCUAUCGACGCAGAGCACAUUGUGACCUUCUCAAGCAACCAGACGUGGAAGUCUCGAUGGCCGCCGUUCCAGCUCACAUCCCGCAUCGCAGACGUGUCCUUUCGAGGCAUUCGCAAUCACUACUUUCGCUCCGACGAAAAGCGGGAGUACACUGCCAUGACCCAUGCCAUUGCAUGCUUGAGCGGUGCACUCGGCAUGCUGCACCGAAGCUUUUGGUCAGAUCUGUACCUUUGUCUCGCUGAUCGAUAUGCCGGACAUCUGGGACAUCUGCAGUACCGACUACACCGAGCGCCCUCUACUAAGCUUGUCAUGGACCUGAUCUCCUGUCAAGAGGAGCUCAAUAUCGUCAUUCACAUCACGGAACAACAGCUGGACGCCAUUGGUGACUUACAAAUGGCCCUAGAUGCGUUCCAUGCGAAAAGCGACACCAAACGACCGCCAUCUACAAGAACAUCUGUCCGCGGAGUUAAUCAUCCUGACGAGCAAGAGCUACCGAAGGAACUCGUGUCUCGGCGUUCCACAUAUCGGCAGCUAUCGGCAUCAGUCUUGUCCGAUCCCAUGGCCCAAUUGAUCGACAAUCUCGAGCGAGAACUGGUAGAUCUACGCGACCUGCGUGACAAUACCGACCGCUUGGUGACACGCACGAUCCAGCUUGUCAAUAUCCGCCUGGAAGAUCAUGGCAAAGCUAUUCUGGUGUUUACGGUGGUCACUAUCAUCUUCCUCCCCUUGAACUUCGUUAGCUCCUUCUUCGGAAUGAAUUUUCGUGACAUCAGAGAUAUGGAAACGACACAGUGGCUUUUCUGGGCUGUCGCUAUAGCAGUAACUGUUAGUGUUGUGGCAUCAUCAGUGUUCCUGGCUUUCAGCGGUAGCCUACUACUCGAGAAGCUGCACAUGUGGCGAGAUGCCAGACGAGAUACCCGAAUGUUCACGACUUCUUCCUUGAGACAGGGAACGGACACUCAUAUUCGUUCUGGAUUUCGCGUUCAUGGCACCGACAAGGAUGCUUAUGGGGGUUCUUCUAUGCAGGCUGGAUGAUUGCAUCUAGUGCCCACCAAUGAUGAAUGAGAUGAGAGUUCUACGCACUUUGGAAUUGUAUGCAACAUCAGUGCAUAAGUCUAUAUAUCUAGAGCCCUAAGCUCCUCCAACAAAGAUACUCAGCAGGCGAGGAUUGCCAUCUGACAGGGUGCCACUCUGAUCAACACCGCCAGUCGGAUUGACAUCAUCGUAGCUGAAAGCAUAUCCUCUGCCAUCCGGUUGGUUUCGGUGAACAAUCUGCGAGUACCAGUUGUGUUGCGCAUUCUGAUAGUAUGUGGGAGCAGCUGGUCCGGGCUGUAAAGGGCUUUUCAGCAUGGUUCCGCGGUUAAAUGCUGCGCAGAGCCUGGGGACGACCGCUCGAUGAACAGCGUUAUCGGAGGCCUGAAUGGCGAAUGGUCCAGUGUUACAGCCCCAGAUAUCCUCCGUCGACGGCCUGGCGUACGCGCGGUUGUCCCCGUCACAGAAAAGGGAGUCACCAUUGACACGACAGUUCACUCUGCCAGCUCCGGAUUGCGUAUCGAUUGUUAAGGUUCUGGUAGCGUAUCUUGCCCAGACACGAUCAACAUGACCUGCCAUGAAGUUAUUCAGCCAAUCGGGGUUCGACUGCGAGAAGGGGUAAGGAGCCACCACUCGGAGGAAGCCACUGCUACCACUCUGACAAAGGUUGCUCCAAGCUUUCCCGUCCUUUUGCUGUCGGCUUGCCAGCGCGGAGCAGACAGCAGUCACUCCGCCAGGUCGAAGUCCCAUGACUGUUUGUGUUUCCCCCGACCCUGGAGUCAUGGACAUGCCAAGAGCCAAUCCCACAAAAUCAACAUAACUCAGAUUUGCAUACAGUCCACCAGCAUUGUUCGUGAAUUCUACAAAUCCCCAGUCGACUCCUGCCGACGGAUCUCUGGGAUUGGCAAAUGAAGGCUGGACCUGCGCCGGAGCGUUUGUGGCAGAGUUCCAGAUGGUAUAGAAAUGUAGAUCGCCUUUGGCAAACCAUAUCCUGCCCGACGAGACAUAGUCGGGCAGCGUAAUUGGCGUAGUACUGCCUUGUGCGGUUUUCAGUGGGAUGGCCAGAUUGCCGUUGGAAACCUCUCGAGGACUGGUGAAUGAAUCAUCGGCAGGGGGAUAAAAGAACUGGCCUGCAGUAAGGGACAUCAGCUAAUGUUGGCAGUACUCAAAUCGUGGUUGUUGAUAGCUCACCAUUGGGCUGAACAAAGACGACACGUCCACUGGGAUCCAACCCGGUAAUGUACGCAUUGACGGGGCCUCCUAUGUUGUUGACGAGAUUGAGUGGUAGUUGUCGAGUGGCCUGCAAGCUUAAUCUAUUGGUCUUGACUGUGGUAUUUGCCGGAAUCGGUGACGGAUUUGUAGCAUUGAGGGUGUUCGCUGCCGUAAUGACCAGAUCCUCCACGCCUCCUGGCAUCACCGGGACAGUAUCGAUCGCAUCCCUCACUGCCACAGACACAGCAGGGGCCGCAACGACCUGUCCAAUAAGACAUCCUGCAGCCAGCACAAGUCCCCUCCAAGAUGUACGCAUACUUGCUGCCAGGUCUCUCUCUCGCAAUGUGAUAAGAUAUCGAGCUAUCGAAAGGCCGCGAGGUUGCGAAAUUUAGAAAAGAAAAGCAGUAAAGACAGGUAGAAUGUAUGCUCUGAAAGGAGUGACAAGAGGCAAUACUUUGGCGAGAAAGAAUAAAAGAAUGUCAGAGCAGCGCUCAAGAUGGUUGUAUCGGCCCAAACUGGGAAAGCAGACGACAGCUCUGUAUCUAUUAUAUAUACCUAUACAUUUUCCCUUCAGUAGCCCAUACUGACUAUCUAACUCGGCCUCGGCCGUACGUAUCCCGCUCUCGGCUCCUGCAACCGACAUUCUAGCAG